GAUUAUCUUUCAACAAUUUUUUUUUCCUACAUUACAUUUUGGAGAAAGUAAUAACAAAUAGCUUAAAGGAGAUAAAACUGGGGAAAUUAGAUUUUAUUUUCACUUGCAAAAUGUUCAUUAUCUUGUUGCUUUGCUUGUGCAUUGCAACCCAAAACUACGAAGUAAAUGGAUGGAUGCCAAAUUUAUCCAAAAAUGAAGAUUUGGAAUUGGAGAAACAAUUGAAAGUCAUCAACAAGUCUCCUAUCAAAAUUAUUCAAACAGAAAAUGGAAGAAUUGUUGAUUGUAUUGAUAUUAACAAACAAUUAGCUUUUGACAAUCCUUUACUAAAGAAUCAUAAAAUACAGUUAAAAUCUAAUUUUGAAGACACACAAACAAAAGUACAAGCAGAUGAUACAUUCAAAUAUUCAAAUAUUGGACUUGAAAAUGAGUUGUGUCCCGAAGGAACAAUUCCUGUUCAGAGAACGACCAAAGAAGAUCUUAUUCGUGCAAAUCGAGUGUCAAAUCCUUUUGCUAGUAUUCUCACUAAAGAUGACCGUGGUAGUCAUUUUGCAGGAUUGCGAAUAAAUUUUCCAUCGGUAUACUUUGGAAUUCAAGGAACUCUUAGUGUGCAUAAUCCACCUAUUGAUGUUGGCCAAAUGAGUUCUGCUUAUAUAUGGCUUACUAAUGAAACAAAUGUUGGCAAUGCUAAUACUAUCCAUGCUGGAUGGCAGGCAUCUCCAGACAUUACAGGAGAUACACUAACUCAUUUCUUUAUAUCAUGGAACAAUAACGUCCAACAUACAGGCUGCACCAAUAUGCUUUGUCCCGGUUUUGUGCAAACUAGCAGCAGAAUUUAUCUUGGUUCACCAAUACUUAAUGUAUCUGUCUAUGGUGGACCAAUAUUUAGUAUGAGCCUCAGCCUUACUCAGGAUAAGGCUACUAAUAACUGGUGGCUAAGAGCACAAAACGAGGAUGUUGGAUAUUUUCCAGCAGAAAUAUUUUCUAAUAAUUUUCUAUAUGCAAGUAAAGGUGGUUGGACAGGUCAUACAAAGUUUUUUACAAAUGCCCCAGCUCCUCAAAUGGGUUCUGGUCAUUUUCCAGAUAGAAAUCCUCUUCAUUCUGGCUAUAUUUCAAGGAUUUAUUUUAAGGAUAGAUAUAGACAAGAUUUUGGACCCCUUAGAAGUAAUGUUAUAUCCUAUGCUGACAAUAUUCGUUGUUAUGAUGUCAAGUACUAUGAUUAUGUGGAUGAUAUUUUGCAACGUGUUCUCAUGUAUGGGGGACCUGGUGGAAAUUGUGGUAAUUAAUUUAUUCAAACUUUUUAAAUGAGGGAGAUUAUGAAUAAAUUAGG